AUGUCUUUCGUGGUAGACCAGAUCCGCCGCAUUGACAGUCAGCUCGACCGGCUGCAACUCUCCGCACCACAAACCGGUUCGAGCUUCUCGACCCUGACAGCAGAGGAAGCACACGAUCCCGCCAAGACAGCACGGAUCGCGCAUCUGCAGAACCUCAUCAAGAGCCUGUCGACGACUGCAAGCUCCAAGUCAAGUCUUGUGCCGGCAUAUAGGAUACUAGAGACACUGCGGCGGGCAGAUUUCUCCAGCAGCUGUUCCACAUGCACACAAUGGUUUGCGCAGAGUGCAAACGACGAUAGCGACGAGGAGGAUGUUAAAGGAGAUGCAAGCUAUGAGCACGAAUUGGAGUGGCUGCUCUUGAGCAAGGCCACCACCCAAGCAUAUGGGCAGGUGCUGAGCACCAUCCUUGAACAGACCAUUCCACUGGAAGACGAUAUCUGGUACUGGGAUGAUGUCCUCAGCACAUAUCACUUCGCUGGGCUCUACUCGAUCCAAACCUCACCGAUUCGUUUGUGGAAGUGGUCGCAGGAGAUAUAUCACGAUGUACGGUCGAGAGGUGGCCAGGUGGCUGACGGCUGGAGUCAGUUCUAUGGGCUUGUGAAAGACUCUGUACGCGAGAGAAGUAUCGCCAACAUUCAACGGAGGGUUGUCAGUCCCCUUGCCAUGGUGAGGAAUGAGGGCCGACGGAAGCGCGCUGCAUUGAAGAAGAUCCGCCUCAUCAAUGCCAACGCUUUGGGGGUGCUUCUGGGCGAAGGUCUGAGCAAUGAUAGUUUGGUACUGACGGCCACCAGCAUCGAGAGUGAGGGCACACAAACGCCUGGUCUGCUGGGGGCACACGACAACAACCACCGAUGGAAGAGUGUCGUCUCGAAGACAAUUGCACUUAUGGAUGCUGUCAUUCAAAGUGUAAACGCGGCAGAACUCUCCAUCGACAAAUUUGAUGACUCAGUUGCCAACAUCACCCAGGAUGACCAGUACUACGAGCUGCACGAACCCUCUGGCGAGCGGACAGCGACGACACUGAAGCCAGGUGACGUUUCCGAACGCUUACAGUAUCUGCUCAACCACGCUGUGCCGAAAUACACUAUGAAUUUCAAUGCCGUCGUCAAAGAGAACGGCCGCCCCUCACGAAUCAUACGCUACUGGCUUCCCGCGACUGUUCUGCUUGUAUCAUCCACCACCAUUUUCCGCAUCGUUUUGAACCGACAAGAAGAGAUCCUGGCGUGGGUACAAGAGUUUGGACAGACUGUAAUCGACUUUUGGUCGAACUGGGUGGUUGAGCCUACAAAGAGGGUUAUUGGCACAAUCCGGCACGACGCAGAUAGUGAAGUCUCGCUGCUGAGCAAGCGCAGCCUCGAAACGGACCGCGCAAGCCUUGAGCGCAUGGUGGUCGACUUCGCAACUCAACAUCCGGAUGGCGCCUCUUUGAACGAAACGCAAAUCGCGGACAUCAGGGCAAAGGUAAGGGAGGGUGACCUAACACCCAUACUGAGGUCGUACGAAAAAGACAUUCAAAGCCCCAUCAAGGGCGCGAUUGUUGGUAACCUGGCUAGCGCACUCCUCAUCCAAGUGCAGAAGACCAAGGUGGACAUUGAAGUCGCUAUGAGCGGUAUCGACAGCAUCCUCAAGAGCCAGGAGCUGCUUUUUGGCUUUAUUGGCCUUACACCAGGAGUGCUUGUCAGUGUUGGACUGUACCAAUGGCUUAGAGGUGCCUUCAGUAGCCGCCAGGGGGUGCGCCAAUGGGCACGACAAGGCAAGAUGCUGCUGGUCCUGCGCAACAUUGAUCGCAUCCUCACCAGUGCGACGCCGACGGAGUUUGGCGAGAUCUCGUACAAGGACCACGGCCUGCUGCUUUGCGAAGUGCACCUGCUCAGACAGGCUGCCAGCACUAUCCUCCCACGACGCAUCUUCCACGAUUUUCUGGUGGAGGUCGACGAGCUCGUUGACGUUAGAAGUGGUCUAGAGCGGCAGCAGAAGGUGGUUGACAGGAUUCGCGAGGACUCUUUCACACCCUCGUUCAUCACCACGAUUGGGAUUGACUUCAAGAUUCGCACCAUUGAGCUGGACGGCAAGCGUGUGAAGCUGCAGAUAUGGGACACUGCAGGCCAGGAGCGCUUCCGGACGAUUACGACGGCCUACUACAGGGGUGCUAUGGGCAUCUUGCUGGUGUAUGAUGUUACCGACGAGAGGAGCUUCAACAACAUCCGCACAUGGUUCUCCAACGUCGAGCAACACGCUACCGAAGGCGUCAACAAGAUCCUCAUCGGCAACAAGUGUGACUGGGAAGAGAAGCGCGCUGUGUCUACUGAGCAGGGCCAGGCGCUUGCCGACGAACUCCGGAGCAACAUCAACGUCGACAAGGCUUUCUACUCGCUCGCCUCGGAUAUCAAGAAGCGCUUGAUAGACACCGCGAGGACGGACCCCGCCGCCGGCCCCAAGGUGGACGUGGGCCAAGCUGGAGAUGCGAAUGGCGGCGGCAUGGGUGGCAAGUGCUGUUAG